AUGAAGUGCAUCUGCCAACAUAAGGCAACAGAAAAGCAUCUCAAGCUGUGGUCAACAACCAAAGCCCUGGUGCUAGCCAGACUUUUCUUUUGGAAGCACGGCCGGACGCUUCAGAAGAGCUUUCGCGGGCUGGUGCGAGGGCUUCUGCAUUCUCUUCUGUCUCAAUGGCUGGAGCUCAUACCUCUGCUGUUUCCCAGACAAUGGCAGGCUGCUUUGAGCGGGUUACGACCAGUAAUCGAUGAUGAUCAUGAGGUGUUUGACGCAUUUCGCAAGUUGAGAGAAACGGACAGUGUUUAUCGGGACCAGGUCCAUAUGAAUGAGUCCCUGAAAGAUUGGAUCUCUUGCAGGUCAGCCGAUGUCAAGAUUUGUGUCGCCAGUCGAGAGGACAUUGACUUGCAGGAGGCCUUCAAAACCGGCCCGAUGCUGCGGCUGCACGAAGUAAUUCACGAGGAUAUUCUAAGCUUUGUCCAGCACCGUUUGAGCUCGAGCGAGCUCUAUCCCAAGAUGGGGACAUCAGAUCAAAGGCAGCGCCUUGAGACGGAGAUUGCAUACAAAUCUGAGGGUGUUUUCCUCUGGGUCUAA